AACUUUUGCCAGAACAACUCAUUCAGUUCCGAGGCCGCGAUGGAGCAACGAAGAUUUAGUAUUCGAUGUUUAUUUUUGGGCAUUUACACUCUACUAAUUUUAAAAGCUUAUUGUACCACCCACUGGGUGGUCACUGAAGAUGGUAAAAUACAAGCUCAGAUGGAUUCAAUCUUCCAGUUGAGGCGCCCCUAUGAUUUUUUAGCCUUGGCUCAGCAGGAGCAGAGGGCCAUGCAAGUUGAGUCCCUGAAGAGAGAUCUUGUGUCCCAGAAGUCACAGAUAGAUCGUAAUGAAGAUAAAGAUACACAGUUAGAAGAAAGAAUAUAUCGUACAGACUCAGACUGUGUGCUUGCGGGUCGGCCACUAACAGAAUUUGAUCUCUAUGCUAGCACUGGAGUAAACAUGGAGAGUGCUGGCAUAAGGUUGGAUGAUCAUCUUGGUCCAUCCCCUGGUGUGUCAGACUUUCUGCAGGAACCAGAUUGCAUCAGUGCAUAUGAUCUUCCCUUCUCUAUGUUUGCUUAUGAACACCUCCAGGGUGUCCGUUACCGGGACAAUCUUACAACAAGUGUGGAGGAGGAGCUCUCUACUGUUGGGGGUGAGGCAGACGUGUCAGUGUGGGGCCAUCGUGUUGCUACAGCUCUCACCACUAACAAUUCUUCUUGGGUCCUUUACACUUUAGCUACACAAUACUGGAGAGUGAAAGCUGAUCCAUUUCAAGCAGUGGAAUGUGUGCGGAGAGCUCUGCAUUUUGCACCACGAAAUUACCGUUACAUUGCAAAAGUUCAUCUGGGGAAUAUUUUGCAUCGUGCUCGGCGGUCAGAUGAAGCAGUGCUGGUUCUUCAUGCUGCAAUAGACCAUUACCGUCACUCUCCAGUAGCACAUAUCACCCUUGGAAAUGUUUAUGCUACACUUGCCUUCUAUAAUGUGUCUGUGCUAUGUUUUGAGAAUGCACUGUACAUGUCACCAGGUGACCAAAGUUUACGACGCAGAAAACAUGCAGUUCUUUGUCAUUCUAAGCUUGAAGCAGCUUUAGAAAAUCAGCAUCAAUCACUUCAACGCACUUUAGGAGAACUCAGAGAUUAUCAAAAACGCCAUGAGGAAUGGUUAUCCCUCCAACAAAAGCUCCUAUUAGAGCAAGCCACACCAGAGAUGAAACUGGAAUCAAGGUUGGAGUAUGAAGAACAAAAAAUCAGAGAGAGCACUGAUGGGAGAGAUAACCUCUUCCAUCUGCCAGGCCAGGACUGUUUCCAGUACCAGCAGGAUGGCCAUACCUUCCUCAGCUGCAACAUGCGGCGAGACCAGCUGGAGCAGCGGGGCUCUCCCUCGGAGCUGCUUCUGGACCUUCAGAGCCUCUUACAUACUGUGGAGUCUGAGGCCCUCAGGCUUGGGCAACAUGUGCUCAAGAGGAAACCACUAUUAAUAUCGCAAGUCCCACAGAUAAUGCCUUUACACCCAACUAAGACUUAUAGGAAUGGUGGUACACCUGGUAUACUGGAUAUGACAUUAGGCGAAGGGUUUCCAACAGCAGAACAGUGUGAGAAAGCCCCAUUGUUGCCACAGUGGGACGACUUUCCAUCCGUGUUUCUCCCAGCUGAAAAUAAAGGAUUCUCUGUAGACCGUUUUCUGAGCGAUGACAUUGAUGUGAGCUUCAAUGAGGAGCACCCUUUACCGUGGCAUCCACCUAUCUGUGAGAGACUAGCAGAUACCGUGGAGGGAAUUGAUGAUAUUCCUGGUAUUAAGGAGCGGCACACACUUACAACACGUAAUCGUGACCCUCAUGCUGUCCCUUACUUAAUGAAAUAUGGGUAUCAAGGUGUGGAGGCUGAGAUAGGGCAGCGUAUCAGCAGUGCUAUGAAAAGGGGUGUUGGACCCCAGUGGCUACUUUACAACUUGGCAGGUCUGUAUUGGCGAGUUCAUGGCAACCUCUAUAAUGGAGUGGAAUGUUUACGACGUGCUGUUGCUACUGCACCAGAUGAGUGGAGAGAUGUUCCUCUGGUGAAUAUUGCAGCCUUGCUCUAUACGGCCGGACAUAUUGAUGAUGCUUUAACUCUGACUCUCCAGGCUAUGCAAGUUGCUGAUCAUGAGCCUGAAACAAAUUUUUUAUUGGCCAAUUUGUACUGUGGAAAGGGAAAUUUGACUGGAGCAUGGCAUCAUUAUGAACGAGUCUUAGCCGCCUCACCCAACCACUCCUCUGCUCUCCAGUUUCUCACGGCCCUUGCGUGUCACACUCGACCUCCACAUUCCAUACGGCCAUUACCUACAUGUCAAAACCAGGGUGGAGUUGAGGACGGUGUAUGUACUACAGAUGGCGGCUGUCAAGACUCGACGGGUGCUGCAUCUACUGAAGAGAAAAGUGAUGUGGACGAUGUUAUUAGCUUAGAUCUUGAAAAUGAAGCCGAGGAGGAGACAGAGGCUGAGGCCAGCCCUACACUACCACAGCCAGAGUUGACAGAAGAAGAAAAUCUAAAGGACCUUGGCAAUCCACAAGGACCAGAAGCAAAGGCUGGAUUGCCUAAUAAACAAAUUCAUGUUCGCAUUGGACUGGGUACUGAAGAUUCAACUGCAACCUACACUGCUGCUGAUGCCGAGAGUGCCUCAAAUCCAGACACUCCUGUCAUAGAGGAUGAUCCAUUACCAGAUGUGCUGCUGCGGGUGAGGGAGAGAGUUGCCUCUCCCCCUCCGCCACCACAUGUUUGUGAUCGUGCUAACAAACUGAGUGAAGUCAAACAUUUCACAUCUACUUGGCUGUCUGUUUCAGCAAAGAAUAUAGAUAUAUCAGAGUACCUUGUGGCAAGUCCAGCAGUUGGCACUGCUCUUGAGGAACCUAUAUGUAGAGGAGACUUGCCAGCCUCCAUGCAUACCUUAGAUCAUUUGGCUGGUAUCAGACACCGUCAUCUCCUUCCACACUUUCCUGAAAUGGGGCUGAGGGAAGCCUUGCAAACUCUCACUGAUCGUACUCCUGUGUCUGUUGACCUAAUGGCAACAAGAAUUGCAAGAUCUCUUCAGAAGAAUGAAACGUCUUGGGUGGUUGCAACAGCAGCAGCUUUAUACUGGCGAGUGGUGGGCAGCGGAGAACGAGCAGUGGAUUGCUUGAGACAUACACUGCAUCAUGCUCCGAGGCACAUGAAAGAUAUCCCUCUUAUAUCUCUCGCCAACAUUCUGCACAGAGCGGGUCUUUACAACAAUGCUCUAGUUGUUGCAAACAUGGCAUUGGAAAUUUCACCAAAGUUUGUCGUCAUCCAUUUUACUAUGGCAAAUAUAUAUGCUGCUAAGGGUGAUCUGGAGAAAGCAACAGCAUUUUAUCAAUCUACUUUAGCUCUUCAGUCUUCUUUUGAGCCAGCUAGGGAUAGACUACGAGCUAUUCAAUGUGCUACUCUUAGUGAAGAGAUCUCCGUGAAAAAUUCAUAAGUGACUUUUUAACCCCAGAUAAGCAAGAAUUAUUGAAUGUGCCAGAGGUGUCGUAAGUAGCAGCUGAAUGUGAAAAAAAACUUAACUACAAUGUUGUAAGAUCAUCUGUAUAAGACAUGCAUAUACUUUUUACUAUUAAGUAAUUAAAUUUGAAGUAUUAUUAAAAAAAAAUAUGCAUGAACUGACAAAAAAAAAUGUUUGAGAGAUGAACAAAUCCACAAGGGCCGUGACGAGGAUUCGAACCUGCGUCCAGAAUGUUGUUUGAGAGAUACUUUGAAAGAAAACAAGUGGAGCUAAUGAAUGGGAGCCAUAUAAUAAUUACAGGCAAUGGUGGAUUAACACACCAACCAGUUUUGAAGAUGGGAGUAUAUGUGUUAUACAGUAAUGCUUUUUAUAUAUGCAUAUUUGUAUGGCAAUAAUAAAUGUGAUGACUAUAAUAAGCAUGUGAUUAAAAACAGGUGAAAACUAAAGAUCUUGGAUAUUGGAAAUAAUUUAAACCGACAGAAAAAUUUGUAUAAAAAUGACAAAAUUUAAAUACGAUAAAGUAUCUAGUUUUUCGUAUUUAAAUUUCCGGUGUACAGUACAGUAUAUACAGUAUAUCAGUACUUGUACUUAUCAAAUUGCCAGCCUUUAAAUAUGAACAAAUUGAUGACUGGUGGUAUCAACCAGGUAUCAAUGGUCAACCAGGACUAUCUUCGGGGCAGUUAAGAAGCAUGUGAUCAGUUCAGGUACAGUACUGGUUAUAUAUUUUUUAAGAGCAACACCACUGUCAAACAUUACUAUAUAUUGAAAUGUUAUAUUUUUGUGACAUCAAAGUCUUGUGCAAAUGGUUUACCCAAUUCAUGGAUUUACAGCAUUCAUAAGUGGAAAUGUUGUUAUGAAUACAAAUAUCACAAGAAUAUCAUAAUACUGCCACUUUGCAUGCAAUAUUCCAUGUCAUUGUAUACAUAAAUUGGUUACACAGGGUCAAGGCUCCAAAGGAUUCAGUUAUUGUAUUGGUAUUCUAGUCACUUUGAUUGUUAUGGCCCAGUGAAUAUUUCCAUGUGACGUAAAUUUAACUGAAAAUUUACUAAAAUGUCUUAAGUUUUGUGUAGUGUAAUUUAUUAUAAACUCAAUACUCAAUUAGCACAAAUGUUUUAUACUCAUGAGCAAAAUCUAAACUAAGUACAUAAUGCAUUAUAAUAUUUUUGUAAUGAAAAUGCAUUUACUUUUAUUACACCAUUGAAAAUCUUUGGUGAAAAACAAUUUCCCUAAUGUUACAACAUUACUAAAGUGCUGCAUUUGAUAUCUGGGAAAAGUAACACUUAUAAUGAUGGCCAGUAUCAGAAUGGGGGAGUAUUACAAUACACAGUAGCCAUGUGCAAACAAAUUAGUUGUACCAAGUCACUACAAUAUACCAUAAGCAGCCUUCACAAUGGUAUACUAUAGCAUUAAACAGCUGUGACUUGUUUACUUGACCUCAUUUAACAAGACUGUCCACAGUUUGCACAGGGCUGAUAUAUAAUAAAGAAUUGUCAUUAUCAAAUUGGGGGGACGAGUGGGGGAGGGAAGGUAAUAUUUGAAUUGAUACGACAAUAUUAUAAGCAUACCAGACAGUUUGAAGUGGCAUAAGCAGGAAGCUUGGUUAAACUAAACCCAAAUCUGUCACUUGGUAUGAAGCAAUUUUAUGUUAUAGUUAGAAUUUACAUAAAUAAAAUAUAUUUUGAAUAAUUAUGUUGUAGUAUUUAAUCUCCUAAAUUGUGAAUUAUAUGCAUUUGUUAAGCUUUAUUUUUCUUCGCAUGUGUCGAACAUUUUAAUAUACUUUGUGUUAAUACAGUUAGCUAUUAAAACUCAUUAAAAAUAUUGUCUAUUUGAAUUUGUCUCUUAAUCUUAGCAUUUUCUGUAUGAAAACUGUAUGAGGCUAUUGUAACAUAGUAACAAAUUAUAUGAGAUAUCUGUACAAAUGAUUAAGCUUUAAAAUGUGCAUGUAAAAGUGCCUUAUUGAAAAAACCUGCUGGCUUGUUCUCUAAGGUAAAAUUACAUUGAUGGAAAAGAAAAUCAUGGUGUAAGACAGGAAGAUAUUUUGUGUGUUGGUGUCAUGGGAAACUUUUGAAAUGUCCCUAUAGAGUCAUACAGUAUACUUUCUCUUCCCACCACCAACAGGUGGCAGCACAUGUUCCACAACAUGGUUUACCUCAAGUAAAGAACUAUGAAAGUAUUUAGAACAAAGAUUUGUAAGCACACACAUACAAAAUAAAGCAUAAUACAGUACUGUAUAUUAGCAAGAGCUAAUGACAGGAAGAAUCUGAUUAGCUCGGUGAGAUGGACUAUGUUGAGGAGCAGCUGCUGCUACUUAAGGGGUCAACUUAAUUAAUUUGGGCACUCAGUGGCAAUCUCAAAGCUGCCAAGGAGGGCUUACAGAUGCUUCGAUCGAAUAUAAUUUGAAACCCUCUACAACUUUAGCUGGGUAAUCUGUAGUCCUCCCUAGUAUUACUAUGACCAAUUGAAUCUGCAGACACAUUUGGAAAACUUCUAGUUACACCAAUACCUAGAAUGUUGCCCUGCUUGAAUGCAUGAUUUGCUCUUCCAUAUGACGGUGAAAUCUUGCUGUAUGAGGUAACUCCAAAAUUAUUUUCUCAAUUGAUGUUACAUAUCUUUUUUGUUAAGUUAAAUUCUAAAGUGUCUAAAAGUGUGUGUUAAGCCAUGAUAUAUCAUAUUAAAUCCUGUAAGUGGGUAUGCUAAACCAUGAUGUCCUAAUGUGUUAAAUUUUUUUCAAAAUGUGCUAAAUCAUGUCCUAAUGUAUGGCAAAUCAUGUUCAGUGGGUAUGCUAGGUGUGCUUUUGUACGGACCAAUUUCAGCCUUGACCAUUCCAGACUGUACACUGAACUUGUAAAUCUUAAAUUAAUAUCCUUGGUGAUUAUAUAAAUGAUUUGUACAGUCAUCAACAUCAUUACAGUAAUUAGAUGUAAUUGCUUCAUUCAUGGUGUAUUGCAGUAUUAUGUGCAAUGUCACAAAUAUUGGUACAACUAAUAAUGUAUAAUAUGAAACUUCAGUACGUUUGUAAAUAUUUAUCAUAUUUGAAUCAUCUAGUCAAUACUUGCCAUCAAUUUCUCUGUAUUAUAGGUCACAAUUCAAUUUUUUAACUUUGCUCAAUUCUUUUUAUUUUACUUUCCUAAAAUAAAGUAUUCUGUAUAUCCAGUACACAAUCAUGUAAAAAAGUUUUUAUGGAUACUAUUAUAAAUGAUACACUAGAAGACUUGUCCAAUUGAAAUAUGUCUGUUUUGCUUACCUUACUGAUUACCAAAGUCCAGGACAGGAAGUCCAAUUAAGCUUACCAAGGUCCCACUUCCCCUACCCCUAAGUGGGGGAAGUUACCACUUCCUACUGACCUUCCCCACAAUAGUUGGCUAACUACACUAUACAGUACUACACUACAAUAGGUAUGCAGGAGUUGCCUAACUCCUGCAUACCUAUUUACUGCUAGGUGAACAGGAGGCAUCAGCUGAAAAUAAAUGUUGCUCAAAGGCGACUUUCCUACCUCAAAAAUAAUUAUUGCUCAAAGGCGACUUUCCUACUGCAGGAAUUAAACCCGGAACCUCUUGGCUGUGUUGUAUGGCACAGUAGUAACCACUGUGGUACCGCUGUGCCACAGAACCCUGUAGCCGAUAGGCAAAUAAUAAUGAAGCAACACCUUAUUGUUUUGUCAUUUUAUUCUAUUAGGUCAUAAUUUGUAUUUCUUCCUUGAGGUUUGAAUUCAUCUUAUUAAUACAUUAUAUGCUUCUUCACACUGGCUUGAAACUUAAAAUGAUUAUGUUUGAACAAAAGUGAAUGUAAAUAUCAAAAGAUGCCCAUCCAGGAAGACUAUUUAGAACUGUCUGGCACAAAAUAAAAAAAAUAAAAAAUAUUCAUGGAUAUUCAAAAUACCAGUACAGGUAUGAGGUCAAAAAGACAAAAUGAACUGUGUCAAAGGUAUCAGCUUUAUCCACCAUUCAAGGCCAACUGACUCGGAGACACUGGGGGUGCAAGAUUUCCAAUUAUCCUAAUAAGUCAGAACAUUGUAAGAAAUUGAUGACUGUAAGCAGGACAAUACAGUUCAGACAGUAUAACACAGGUUUUUGUUCCAUUAACUGGCUAUAAGUUAUUCAUGUAUGGGCAAUACAUAACCUAGCCAGAGCCAUUUCCCACCUGUUACGGUGGUAAAAGCAAGGUCAUAGAGAUUAUGAACUAUUAAAUGUGCCCUGUUUGUUAUUCAUAACUUUUAACCAUCUAGCCUUCCAAUUAGUGCUGAUAACAAAGUAGAAAUUAAGUAAGAAAAUAAUUUUCUGAGAUGGGACAUUCAUGAAUGGCUUCUUUAGCAGCAGUGUCCAUAAGGUCAUUAGAGUUAACAUCAAUAUGGCUAGGGGCUAAACAAAAUUUGACUUUCUUAUAUCUACUAAAGAUGAAGAACAGCUAGUGCUGGAUUUCAAUUACUACAGGAUUGGAAGGGUUGAAAGAUUAGGGCCAUAAUGGUACUCGAGUUAACCACAAUAACAAAUGAACAUUAACACAAAAACUGCUAACCUACACAAAUUUCAUGAAUCUCUACCAUGAAAAAUGCUUGGCUCUAGUGUUGCAAGUCUUCUCCGUGGAGAUCAGAGCUCUACAAUACUUUAGAAACGGGACCCUCUACAGAAGAGGGGUAAGAAUAAUACAAGGGGGAAGGGGGGGAUACAUUAUGAACAUAUACCAAAAGAAUGAGAAACCUGCAAACAUGCCAUCCUUGUAGUAAAUGAUAGUAGAAGGAACAAGGCCUUCAAGAUGGGCUGUAGUCAAGAUACAACACAAGUGGGAACAGGGAUGUUAUAGGGACAGUGCAAAGUAAUGAAGACAAUAUAGAUUGCAUUAAUAAUAUAAUGACUGUUUGGUACAUAAGUUUGGGAUAGGGAAUGAACAAAAGGCACCAGAGAUAUAAGUAUAGAGUGGGGGCGCUAUGUAUGCCAAGUACCUUGACGUCCUUGAGACGCCAUAUUGAAAUUCCUACAGUACAACUUUAGGAAAGCGUAAAAUAAAGUUUGUAUGUAUA